CUGUCAAACAUAUGCUAUCUAUCAACAGAGUACUAUUAUCCCUCAGUUAUCGCUCUGGGAUAUAUCUAAUUUAGUGGGAAGCCCAAUACAUUUUACUGUUUAGUCUCUAAAUUAUCACUGGUUCAUUAGCAGCAUUGAUAGAAACUGAAAUCACCCAGAUUUCUACAGUAGGAUGGUAUAGGUUAAAGAACUUCUACUUUUGUGCCUUAAGCUAUCUCUGGAAGUGCUUUAAAUGUUAUCAAAAGCAGCUAUAAGCUAACUAUGUAGUGUUUUUAGGAUUUAUAGAAUUUUCUAGGCAAUUUUCCAAACUUAAUAGGCAGAUUCACCAAAUUUAAGCUAUGAUUUAACUUAUUUGCUAUUCUUUUUAUGUGGUUUAGGUUACAGUUAUACUAGCAGAUUGUUUCACAUUUACAGGCUGCAGGGUGUUAGGGACUAUCCAAAAGGAGGAUUCUCUACGGUAUAGGAGAGGAUCAUGAACCACAGUGUACUAUAAGGGAAGCUGUGGCUGUUCAGACUAUUGUGGUAAAGGACCUAGAUAUGGGUUUUGUCGAUGCUCAGGUUAAAGAGACUAUUUAUCUCCCUCAGUCGGGUAGCUGGUGUCAAAUACCAGUGAUAAGUCCUAUUGAGGGGCUGGGUGGAGAGCAAAAGGGAUGAACCCUUGAAAGAGUACUGGUCUGGAUAUCUGAUUCACCUUGCUAGGUAGCGUUGAGGAUAUCCAAUUUUUUAAAUCUAAUUCAUCUGUUA